AUGAUUGUUUUUCAAAAUGAAGUUAACUCAAGGAAGCUAAAAGUCUUUCUUCAAGAUUUCCAACAUAGUGAUGAUUCUGAAGAUCAGUUUAAAGAUGAGGCUGAAAGUGAGAAUGACGGCACCUUGCGGAAAACCAGUAGCUACUUUCUAAAGCAGAAGUUGAGCAGUGAGGAUGAAGAGCUUGCAGGGCCUUCCCAUCCUGAGAUUCCUACACUUCAGGGUGUGGAAAUUGUUUCUGAAAAGGAGCUAGCUCAGUUAGCUCUGGUUCGACCAUUAGUAUUCAAUAUGCAGGAGCAAUCAGCCAUCAGGGAUUAUUUUAAAAUACUUACAAAAAAAGUAUCAGAAUAUGAAAUCACCCAGGAAUUUAUGGCUUUGGAAGUUAAGAAGCUGCCUGCUGUUUUCCACUCUGGGAAUGAACUACACAACAGAGACAAAAAUAGAUAUCAAGAUAUUCUUCCAUAUGAUUCAACACGUGUUCCUCUUGGAGAAAACAAGGAUUACAUCAAUGCCAGUUAUAUUAAAAUAGUCAAUUCUGGAGAAGAGUAUUACUAUAUUGCUACCCAAGGACCACUGCCAACUACCACGAAUGACUUUUGGCAAAUGAUUUUGGAAAAUAACUCUAAUGUUAUUGCCAUGAUAACCAAAGAGAAAGAACGUGGAGUUACCAAAUGCCACCAUUACUGGCCUAUUUCUGUGAAGAAACCUUUGAAAUUGAAAAGCUGUCAUAUCUUCCUGGAGAACUACCAAAUACUUCAGUAUUUCAUCAUUCGAUUGUUUCAAGUUGUCAAGAAGUCUACUGGAGCUAGUCACUUUGUAAAACACUUGCAGUUCACCAACUGGCCAGACCAUGGCACUCCUACUUCAGCAGAAGGUUUUAUAAAGUAUGUUCGUUACGUGAGGAAGAGCCACCUCACAGGACCCAUCGUUGUUCACUGCAGUGCAGGCGUGGGCCGGACAGGGGUGUUCCUGUGUGUGGAUGUUGUAUUCUGUGCCAUUGAAAAGAACUUUUCAUUCAACAUCAUGAAUAUAGUGGGCCAAAUGAGAGAACAACGUUGUGGAAUGAUCCAAACAAAGGAGCAGUAUAUGUUUUGUUAUGAAAUUGUGCUUGAAGUUCUUCAGAAGCUUUGGACUGUAAAGUAAGACAGACUUCUAUUGCCUCACACUUGAAACUAUUAGCAAGUGACUUGGAGCCUCCUCUUAAAGAACAUGUUCGAGCUGUGCUUGAAGGGCUUUGCUUCUACAAAUGUGCUUUCUUGGUAUAUCAUUUGACUUUCUGACAAUUCCCUGAAGACAGUACCAUUUGAUUUGGGGUAAAUGGCAUUUACCCACUGAUCUUACUUAGGUAAUAUCAAAUACCUUCCCAUAUUUUCCCAUGAAAUGAAAGUUAUAUAAAACAACUUCCGUCUAUUUGGUUGAAGAGAUUACAGAACCCAGUAAAGGAUUUAAACUGUAUUAUUUAAGAUUUUAUUUGGAAAGACAGCUGGAGGGAGCAGAGAAUUUUCAGAAUCACAAGAUCGCAAGAUUAUAUCAUGAUCUCUUAUAAGCAUUUUCAAGACAGAUAACGUAUCCGUGUUUUUUAGCUAGAGUCUGUACUUUUAGGUGGUAUUUGAAUAGCUUAGGUCACUGAAGAACGCAGUUAGAAAGGGUCAACUUUCUAUGCAAAUUGGAUUCCCUUUCCCUUUAGUUCUCUACUCCUGUGGAGCCCCGGAGACCUCAAAGGACAAGCUGCCUUUCUAGAGCAGCUGGACAAGGUCUGGGAAGCAUUUUCAUGGGUGGGCAGAGUUCCUCCUCUCCAUCACUUGAGCACACUGGCAAACAGUCCAAAACUAAAAUAGAUGUUUAUGUAGAAAGUCCAAGAGGAAAUUUUUGCCCGUUCUUGAGUUCUUUCCUAUCCCACCCUAACACUUAACAUAUUAGUCUGCUUUGUUAAAAGCAAACAUUACAUUUUACUUGCCUCUUGAUCUCUGCCCUUUAGCUUUAGAGGGCAAUAAACUUGAUAUAAGCUUUAUUACAUACUUCUAGGUAUCUGUUACGCCAGAUAUAUUUUUCAAACUAAAAUCUAUGAUUAUUAUUUUAUUCUUCAGCAUUCCAUUAAAUCAUUUAUUUCCAUUACUGCCCCACCUCUGCCAUAACAUUUAGAAGUUGGCUUUGGGAACCAGAUUUUGGAGAACCAAAUUCAUAGUUGUGAAAAUGAAAACUUCCAUAUUCUGUUUUUUAAAAGAUGUGGCCAUUAUUAAAUUCAUUUUAUUAUAGGACUUUGCCUCAUACAAUUACAGUGAUAUUUUUGUCAAGGAAUUUUAGUGACCAGUUAUACUUGAUUAUAAACUAUA